GGCGGACAAAACAAGGGUUUCAACACAGAAAAGAAAACGCAAAAAUACACCACAAAAAAACAUUAAUAAUAGUGAUUCUACUGAUUCCGAUAAAGAGAAAGAGGCAAAAAAAGCAAAAACAGCGCCACAAGACAUUAAAGAUGAAAUGAAAGACAAGUUCAAAAUGGAAAUGCCCCAAGAUUUUUAUGAUUUUUGGGAAUUUUGCAAGACUUUGGACUCAGAUAAACCUGAAUGUGCAUUGAUUGAUACACUGGAUUUGGAUCUGGUUGGUCCAUUUGACGUACUGGCAGGCAAGUUCAAGAACAUUGAGGAAAGUUCAGUUGUUUCCUAUCAUUUGCACUGGCGGCAUUAUUAUGACCCCCCUGAAUUUCAGACUGUCAUAAGAGCAUGUAACAGUGAUCAAGGCUAUCACAUUGGAUAUUUCAGAGAUGACCCGAAGACUCUACCUGUGUUUGUGGCAUCCAAUCAAGCUAAUGUCGACUGUGAAAUGGUCAUCAUGGGGGAAAAUCUUUUCUCAGCAGUAAGCAUUCAUCUGGUCGAUGUUCUCAAGAAAUGUAAAGUCAAAACAAAACAAAACUCCUUAAAAAAGCUACAGUCUUCACUCACGACCAAAGCCAAGGAGCUCAAAUACAACUUAUCUCCACUCACUCCCAAUAUUAAAGCAAGAAACAAGAAAUCAAAUUCCAAAACAUUUCAUAAAGCUGGAAUGGUUGUUCCUGUGGAUGCAACAGAAGUGGGCUAUCGACCUUUGACAGUCACUGAUGGUGAACUGAAAAAAAUCCUGAGAAAAAUAUCUGAAGGAAAAGAUGAAAAAGAGCGAGAGAAAGCCUCCGAAGAACUACAAGAAAUCAUGACUUACGUGCAGUUUGCUAACGAUGAAUGUGAUUAUGGAAUGGGUCUGGAGUUGGGUCUGGAUAUCUUCUGUUUUGGCGAGAAAAGAUUCAAUAACACCAUAUUACAGCUUAUGCCUCUGGCCUAUCGUCUGUUAGGACGAGACCUGUUUGCUGAGAUCAUUGAGAUUCACAUGGAACACAGAGAAAGAAAGCAGCUGAGUCAAGUGAAAGCCAAGUAGUAGAUUAACGUAGGCUUAAAGGUUCAGCGAGUCAUAACCCUUUUUUACAGCUAAUGAGUGUAGCAUAAAUGUCUCUUUUGCUAGGACGACCUUUUUAUUAAAGAAAAGAAUUUAUAGUGCAGCGUGUGAUCACCCUAUUUUACAGGUAAUUAGUGGCUUUUCGUCUGUUAGGACGAGGCCUUUUGCUGUAUGCUGAGAUCACUGUAGACUUGCUCCAAGUCGACCUCUGCGAGAUACACAGAGAAGUUUGUCGACUUUUCUAAAUUAUUUCCCGCCAUUUUCGUUCAGCGCGUAGCUCCAACGCGUGCGAUCCUGGUUGCCGCAUUGCUUUAUUCAUGCGCGUGAACUAAUACAGAGACGAGAAGUCUAAGAUCACUGAGACUCACAGGGAACACGAGGAAAGAAAACAACUGAGCUAAUAGACCAUUUCACAGAUCCCGCGGCUCAACCUCAGCCUCGUCAGCGUGUAAUAUAUUCUUUAGAAAUUGCCUACAACCUGUGAAAUUUUUAAGUGUUUCAAUUGUUCGUUGACGUGUAAAUUCCUUUUAUUACUACGGGCUGUAGUCAAAUUCUAAAGAAUUAUUACUAUUGCCUGCUAUAGUAGUAGAAAUCGGUAAAGCACUUAUUAGCCGUAAGAUAGAGAGAAACGAUGUCGGCAAUCAUCAGCAUGCAUGGUCUAAAUCCGGACUGCACUACGUUUACAACAAAGAAGAACAUGCGUAAUAAGUAAAUUACGAGCCUUAGAUGAACAUUACGCAUGUUCUUAUUUGAUAUCCGAGCCCAUCCCACACGGCGCACUGCCACAUCUAUCUACGUUUACAACAUAUGACCAGAGUAACCAAGUUUUUAUUUCGUUUCUCAACGGUUUAUAUAUAUUUCGCUGUAAUAAAAGUUUUUAAAUGUGUAGCUGUUAAUUUUCGCGCCAUUUCGUAGUUGCCUUGGUAACGGGUGUCACAUGAUUAAGGUAGUAUAAAGUACUAAGAUUAAACAAUAUACCUUUUAUUACCUAGAUUCGUUUCCUGUUUAAAGCAAUACUGCUGACAAUAUAGGCUGUGGGCUCAGUUACCCGACAGACUUUAGUGGCGCAAACUGUCGCUAUUUCUUUGAUGGAAAAAAUUUAAAUCUUCGUCUGACUAAAAGAUAUAUUUUGA